CUUUAUCCACCAGGUGGCAACACCUUAAUUGAAAGCGCGGGAUAACGCUGGGUUUGCAUUUUUGGGCUAAGCGAGCUUUGUUGUUGGUGUGUGAGUGUUGGUUGUCUAUUUUUAUUUAAGUGUUGAUCAUGUCUGAUUCUGAAGCUGGUGGUGAUGGACCCAAGAAAGGAAGGGGACGUCCUAAGAAGGCAUCAGAGCCAAGAAGUGAAAGCAAAGAUAGUGGUGAUGAACCCAAGGCAAAACGAGGAAGGGGCAGACCUAAAGGUUCCGUAAAGAAAGGGAAAAAGGUUGCUGCAAGCAAUUCUGUAGCUUCUCCUAAAAAAGGCCGUGGAAAGCCUAAGAAAAGUGCUCCUAAAGAAACAAAGAACUUAUCUGAUGAUGGAGGAUCUGAUGCCAGUGAUGCAGAUGAUUAAUUGAUUUAUAUUUGGAAUGGUUUGUGAGUUUGCUAAUAAGACAAACUGGUAGUUGCUCUUCAUGGCUGAAGCACAACCUUGUGAUAUAUUGUACCUUCCUACCCAUCAGAAGAGAUGAACAUCAGUGAUUAGAAUCUCACAAGCUAUUGGAUAUGGAGAAAUUUCAUUUUGCCUAAUUUUUAUGAAAAUCUUAAAACAUAGAUUUUUAGCCAAAACUGUAGCCUUAAUGUUUUUAAAUUAAUCAUUUAAUGUUAAUUUUCAUUUUGCAUUGUGAUUAUUUCAUUUUUAUUUUACAUUUUUAACAUAUCAUCCUUAUUUCCUUUUAACUUAGAUUACUUAGUUUUUAGCAUGAGCUAAAUUGUAUGAGAUGUCUUUUUGGAACUUGUUUGCAUUCAGUGACAGUCAUGAUUAUAAAUAAAAUAUUUAGUGGAAAUAAAAUCAUGUUAAUGUAUUGAAAAAUCAAAAAUUGUUCAUCCAGAAGUGAAAUAGUUGUUAAGCCUCAUAAUUGUAUCUAAAUUAGCAUUUACUUUUUAUAACAUGUUCCUGAUUGCACUGUUUUAGUUAAUACCAAUACUACUUAAUGUAGGUAUUGUCUUUAUCCUAAAUUUUACCCCUUGUAUUCUUAUAAACGUUCAUAUUUUUUAUGCUUGUCUUGUGAAGUGACAAUAAACCAAACAAUUGGAAAAAAAAUUGUGGUGCAUUUAGACAAGAUUUCUUUGUCGCAUGAUUUUGUAGUAUUGUGUUCCAAGUAAUAAUUGUAAAACCAGACUGAGUGUUCUCAAUAAAUAUUUUUUGUAUU